AUGUACUCGCGUAAUGGAGCCUCCGGAACAUCAGCACAACCGCUGCGUCCUAAUGAGGAUGGCAGCCAUCAUUUACAGGAAUAUACUUAUAAGAAGAUAACCGCCUGCGAUGUUUGCUCACAAAUUCUAAGAGGACAUACACGUCAGGGCUUACGUUGCCGCAUCUGUAAGCUCAAUUCACAUGGCGAUUGCGCAUCCCAAUUGCCGCGUUGUCAGCCAAAGCAAAAAUUGCUCAGGCGUCAGAAGAGCACAUCUGAGCUCGAAAAUCGCGUUGAUAUCGAAGAAGAAAGUAAGUACUGA